AGCGGGACGGCCCGCAGCCAUGCUGCGCCCCAAAGCCCUGACGCAGGUGCUGAGCCAGGCCAACACCGGCGGGGUCCAGAGCACCCUGCUCCUGAACAACGAGGGGUCCUUGCUCGCCUACUCGGGCUACGGGGACACUGAUGCCAGGGUCACCGCGGCCAUCGCCAGCAACAUCUGGGUGGCCUACGACAAGAACGGGCACCAGGCGUUCAAUGAGGACAACCUCAAAUUCAUCCUCAUGGACUGCAUGGAGGGGCGAGUGGCCAUCACGCGGGUGGCAAACCUGCUGCUCUGCAUGUACGCGAAGGAGACGGUUGGAUUUGGGAUGCUGAAGGCCAAGGCGCAGGCGCUGGUCCAGUACCUGGAGGAGCCGCUCACGCAGGUGGCCGCAUCCUGAGCGCGGGAGCGGAGGGGCUCGGAGGUGCCGCCGUGCAGAAGCCGUUUGCUUCGACGCCAUCACCGGA